GGGUUAAGUUAGUCGUUUUUCAUCAGUCAAGUCAAAAGUAUAGCAAAAUAAAUAUUUGUGACAUACAGUAAGCAGAUGGCAGACAACAAUAAUAUUCAAAAAUCGAAAAAGCGUAAGAAGAAUAAAAAUAAAAAAGGAAAAAAGGGACGUACAGCAGCUGGUUUAAAGAGUUCACAGCAACCAGCAUCGGGCUUAUCCGCAAACAGUAUUAAGAUUGUCGACCUCCCACUCACAAAGAUGAAUACAAAUAUGAUGCGGCACAAGCUUGCUGAAUUCCUGGACUCCAACGAGCUGGAGUUCCAGCUGGAGGGCUUGAACAAGGAACAGCGCAGCCACCUUCACGGCUGUGCCCAGGCUUUGGGACUGAAGUCCAUCAGCCGUGGGCCCGCUCUCAGCCGAGUUCUUUGCAUCAGUCGGGCUCCGGGCUCGUGUCUACACCUUUGCCUCGACGCCCCCGUGCUGAUGGUUAACUCUAGAGUAACCCGAAUCCUAUCAUCGUCAGCGGCCAAAAUUGAGCGUGCGAUGUGUUCGGCGGCACUCAGAGGAAAUGGUCCUCGGGCAAAGCAAAAUGAGGGCCAAGAAAGCUUCGGAUUGGUGGGCACCCGACAAAUACCCCCACACCCGGCAUACACAAACAAUCCGAUGACUCGAGAACGCAUGAAUCUACCUAUUUAUGGCUACCGCUCAAUAAUUCAGGACGCUCUGCAGCGGUUCCAGGUUCUCAUUGUCAAGGGUGCCACCGGCUCCGGCAAGUCAACGCAGGUGCCACAAUAUGUGCUUGAGUCGGCUGCAUACAAUAACCACGCCGUGCGUGUCGUGGUGAGCCAGCCGCGUCGUAUCGCGGCCAUCAGCGUCUCGGAGAGAAUCUCCAGGGAGCGGGGCGAGAUGCCAGGCAUCACAGUUGGCUAUCAGAUCCGCAUGAACAGCAAUUGCACCAAGCACACUGUUCUCACGCUGACCACCAGCGGCUGCCUGCUGCGAGCCCUGACCAUGAAUACCCAGGCCUUCUUUCAGACCGUCACACACUUGAUUAUCGAUGAGGUGCACGAGCGUGACCUGGACACGGACUUUCUGCUGCUAGUCAUCAAGCUGGAGCUCAGACGAAAUCCCUAUCUUAGGGUGAUUCUAAUGUCGGCCACCAUGGACCUAAAUGCGUUGUCCGCAUACUUUGGCACUGUGCCCGUCCUGGAUGUAGAGGGACGCAGCUUCGGAGUGCGCAUCUUUCAGAUGGAGCAUAUUCUCCGCCAGACUGGCUACAUGACCGAGGGCAUGAAAGACAUCUUGCGCGACAAGGCUGAUACCGCGACAGAGCACGAACUGCUGCAUGCCUACAGCCUCACGCGAUACAUGGAGAGUGACAUUGACAACAACCUGGUUGUCUCCUUGCUGGAACUCCUUGUGAAUUCGGGCGAGAAGGGAGCGGUAAUUGUGUACCUUCCGGGCUACAAUGAUAUGACCUCGUUGAUGGAGUGCCUGUACCACUCCCUUCCGAUGGACAAAAUACAAAUCUUUCUGUUGCACAGCCAGGUGGAGAGCCAUGAGCAGAAGAAGAUAUUCCGGCAGUACCCGAAUAUCCAGCUGACGAUCAUUCUGAGCACCAACAUCGGCCAGACGUCCAUCACCAUACCGGAGCUGGUCUAUGUUAUCGAUUUGGGUAAAUCCAAAAUUAAGAUCUAUGACGGCAAAACGAACGCUUCGGAGCUGGCCACAGUGCCGAUCUCCCAGGCGGAUGCCCAGCAGAGGGCUGGCCGAGCUGGUCGCCUCCGCGAUGGCAUCUGCUAUCGUCUGUACUCCAGCGACACAUUCGCCAAGAUGAGCUUGUAUACUAUUCCGGAGAUACAGCGGCACACGCUGGACGAGAUCUGUCUGCUGGCCAAGAUUGCUGCUCCUGAGCAGUCCAUACCAAAGUUUUUGUUGCAGGCACUGGAUGCACCGCAGCCGGAGGCCGUCAAUCAGGCCUGCUCGCGGCUCAAGUUGUUGGGCGUGCUGCACGACGGGGACGAGUCGAUCACCAUGCUUGGCCGGAUCAUUGCGGAGCUGCCAUUGAGCGUGCAGAUGGCUAAGUGCAUGGUAUACGCGAUAUACUAUCGCUGUCUGGGCAGCAUGACCAUCAUUGCUGCCUACCACUCCGUCCGUGAUCCCUUCGUUCUGCCCGUUGAUCGAAGGAGGAGUUUUAAACCGCAAGAGGCGCGCCUCAAAUUCACCGAGGGCAUCAACAGCGAUUUGAUCGGAAUGAUAAGUCUCUUCAAGCAAUACACGGAAGCUUCCCGACGCAGCAACAAUGAGGUGGCCGAGUUCUGUGAGCGCUACUAUCUUUGUCCCAAAUCCAUGGCCAUGUUUGUUUCGGCCGUGGUAACACUUCGGGAAUCUAUUUCCAGAAUUUUUAAGCUAGAUCAGACCACCAAGCGCCAGGCCAGCGCCAAUAACAGGGACAACAACAUGAUCCGGCUGGCCCUCACAGCUGGACUCUACCCCAAUCUGGCCUAUUAUGACCAAAACAAGAACGAGCUUAUGUCCGAGUGCGAUCCCAACGUACUUGUCUCCCGAACCUCCUGCUUGCUGGGCAAAAAGAAGAUGAGGACCCUGUCCAGCGAGUGGGUACUGUACGUGGAGAAGUCACGUGUCUCCGAAUCCAAAUCGUCGCUGGAACAAACCAGCUUGGUCAGCACCCUUCAUGUGGCCAUCGCCGGUGGAAAGGUGCUCAAGAUGGCACAGAGACCAAGCAGCAGCCUCGGCUUGCUGGACACCGCCCCCAAGGGGCAACUUUGUAUAGACCACUGGGUACGCAUCUCUAUGAACUCGAUGUUUGGAGAGCAACUGAUUAAUCUGCGCAUGCUAAUGAAGCGCGAGCUGGACAUAAUGGUGAUGCUGCGUCGUGUGGAUCAAUAUGUUGGCCCAGACAUAGCCCUUUCUUUGUUGAAUGUCGAUGAGGGCACGAUGGCCCUCAACUAAGUCACGUAUGUUUAGUUUCUGUGAUAAUUGUUUUCGAUUAAGACUGACUCGUUCUAUAAUUUGUACACUAAAUUGCAAAACUAUCGUUCAUUUUGUCUGCAAUUUCACAAUUCACAAAUUCACAAUUGAUUUGAUAACAUUCUGCAUUGCAUGAAUAUCUAAAUUUGUUAGUAUCUUCUUGUUUGUCCCAAAAAGAGUCAAAGAGACCUUACUUAUUAAUUCAGUUAUAAAUAAUUUUUUUUCGAUUAUACACAUUACGAGGUGGCUGUGCUCUCUCAAAAAACGUCAGAUCUAAAUUACGCAAUUGAUUUAAUCAAUUGCCAAGUACAUAUAACAUAAUUAUACAUGUAGUAGAACAUUUUCGCUUCAAUAAUUGAAGCUGAGGCUAUUUUAAACUCUAAAUGUACAUCAAGUAAACAAGCAAACAUUGAAGCAUUCCAACAACUGUCUGUCCCGAAAAGAACUCCUUAAAUUAUGCAAAUUUUGCAAGUAUUAAUGUUGUAACGUAACUGAAACCAAACUGGAUAAACAGGGACACUAUUUUGUGAAAUAUCUGUGAGUUUAUUAAUGUAUUAUUGAGUUGAAUUGAAAGUUCAGUUAUAAAUAAUUUUUUUUUCGAUUAUACACAUUACGAGGUGACUGUGCUCUCUCAAAAAACGUCAGAUCUAAAUUACGGAAUUGAUUUAAUCAAUUGCCAAGUACAUAUAACAUAAUUAUACAUGUAGUAGAACAUUUUCGCUUCAAUAAUUGAAGCUGAGGCUAUUUUAAACUCUAAAUGUACAUCAAGUAAACAAGCAAACAUUGAAGCAUUCCAACAACUGUCUGUCCCGAAAAGAACUCCUUAAAUUAUGCAAAUUUUGCAAGUAAUAAUGUUGUAACGUAACUGAAACCAAACUGGAUAAACAGGGACACUAUCUUGUGAAAUAUCUGUGAGUUUAUUAAUGUAUUAUUGAGUUGAAUUGAAAGUUCAGUUAUAAAUAAUUUUUUUUUCGAUUAUACACAUUACGAGGUGACAGUGCUCUCUCAAAAAACGUCAGAUCUAAAUUACGCAAUUGAUUUAAUCAAUUGCCAAGUACAUAUAACAUAAUUAUACAUGUAGUAGAACAUUUUCGCUUCAAUAAUUGAAGCUGAGGCUAUUUUAAACUCUAAAUGUACAUCAAGUAAACAAGCAAACAUUGAAGCAUUCCAACAACUGUCUGUCCCGAAAAGAACUCCUUAAAUUAUGCAAAUUUUGCAAGUAUUAAUGUUGUAACGUAACUGAAACCAAACUGGAUAAUCAGGGACACUAUCUUGUGAAAUAUCUGUGAGUUUAUUAAUGUAUUGAGUUGAAUUGAAAAUAAAGCAAAAAAAUAUGUGCUCGUUA